AUGCAAUUCUCUACUGUCGCUGCCGUCGCUGCUUCCGCCGCCGUUGCCUCUGCCCACGCUAACCACGCUAACACUACCACUACUACCGCCCACUACAACGCCACCACCUUGGUCACCAUCACCUCUUGUGGCACCAAGUCCUGUGUGGAGUCUGUUUCCGUAGCGUUGGUAUCCACCGCCACUGUUUCCGUCGGCGAGACCAUCACCGAGUACACCACCUGGUGUCCUCUCCCAACCUCCGCUCCAGAGGCCCCAGCAUCUUCUGCUCCAUCCAGCGUUGCUGUCCCAUCCAACUCCACUGUCCCAGCCAGCGCUACUGCUAGCGUCUCUUCUUACACUGGUGGUGCUGUCAAGGCUUUGCCUGCAGCCGGUGCUUUGUUCGCGGGAGCUGCCGCUUUGUUGUUGUAA